GCUUAGUCAUGCAGAGCACAGACCUGGGCAACAAGGAGAGCGGCAAGAUAUGGCACCGCAAGCCAGCCCCCGCCACUCGGGACGGAAUAAUAGUGAACAUCAUUCACAAUACCUCUGAUUAUCUUCCAAAAGUUUUACGAUUUUUGAAUGUGGCUUUUGAUAGCUCAGGCGACUGCUUAAUUGCUGGGGACCAUCAAGGAAAUAUCUAUGUUUUUGACUUGUAUGCAAACAGGUUUAACCUUGUUCAGCGAACGGCACAAGCUUCCACAGCUCUGGCCUUUAAUCUCCGUAGAAGGUCUGAAUUCCUUGUGGCACAAGCUGAUUAUUCUAUCAAAUGCUUUGAUACAGGUACCAAGGAGCUAGUUAGCUGGAUGCGAGGGCAUGAGUCGUCCGUGUUUUCCAUCUCUGUGCACGCAUCAGGAAGGUAUGCCAUCACUACUUCUUCUGAUACCGCCCAGCUCUGGGACUUGGAUACCUUCCAGAGAAAAAGAAAGCUGAAUAUUCGCCAGUCUGUGGGUAUACAAAAGGUUUUCUUUCUACCGUUAAGUAACACCAUCCUCAGCUGUUUUAAAGAUAAUUCCAUCUUUGCCUGGGAAUGUGAUACUCUUUUUUGCAAGUAUCAAUUGCCAGCUCCUCCUGAAAGCUCCAGCUUAUUAUAUAAAGUGUUCUCUGUGACCAGAGAUGGUCGCAUCCUCGCUGCUGGAGGCAAAUCAAAUCAUCUUCAUCUGUGGUGCUUGGAAGCUAAACAGCUAUUUAGAAUCAUCCAGAUGCCAACAAAAGUCCGAGCCAUUCGCCAUCUAGAAUUUCUUCCUGAUAAUUUUGAUGCUGGUUCUAAUCAGGUUCUGGGUGUGCUAAGUCAAGAUGGUAUCAUGAGAUUUAUCAACGUACAGACUUGUAAACUUCUCUUUGAAAUUGGGAGCCUUGAUGAGGGGAUCAACUCAUCCGUAAUUAGUCCACAUGGACGGUACAUUGCAUCCAUUAUGGAAAAUGGGAGUCUGAACAUAUACUCAGUUCCGGCUCUAACCCAAGAAAUCAAUAAGCCACCUCCACCUUUAGUGAAAGUGAUUGAGGAUUUGCCUAAGAGCAAACUGAAAUCCAGUGAUCUUAAGAUGAAAGUAACUUCAGGAAGGGUACAGCGGCCAACAAAAUCAAAGGAAAGCAAAAUACAGACAAGAAUAUUAAAACAAGAUCUGACUUGUAAUUUUGAAAAUAAAGAGAAUGAAUUGCCAGACGGAUUAAAUAAAAAACGUCUCCAGAUCCUGUUAAAAGGCUAUGGUGAAUACCCAACGAAAUACAGAAUGUUCAUUUGGCGCUGUCUGCUGCAACUGCCGGAAAACCAUACUGCAUUUAGUUGCCUCAUCGAUAAGGGGGUCCAUGUGGCAUUCCUCAACCUUCAGAAGAAAUACCCCAUCAAAAGUCGGAAGCUUCUCAGAGUACUGCAGAGAACUCUCUCUGCCUUAGCUCACUGGUCUGCCAUCUUUAGCGACACACCAUAUCUUCCUCUCUUGGCGUUCCCGUUUGUGAAAUUAUUCCAGAACAAUCAGCUCAUCUGCUUUGAAGUUGUUGCUACUCUCAUAAUUAAUUGGUGCCAACACUGGUUUGAAUAUUUCCCGAAUCCUCCUAUCAAUAUUCUUAGUAUGAUAGAAAAUGUUUUGGCAUUUCGUGACAAAGAACUGCUGCACCACUUCAUGGAUCAUGAGGUCACGUCCCAGCUAUAUGCAUGGCCUCUUCUUGAAACUGUGUUCUCAGAAGUACUGACCCGGGAGGAGUGGCUGAAAUUAUUCGAUAAUGUCUUUUCCAACCACCCUUCAUUUCUCCUCAUGACUGUUGUCGCCUACAAUGUGUGUUCUCGAGCUCCUCUGCUCAACUGUAAUCUUAAAGAUGAUUUCGAGUAUUUUUUUCACCAUCGGAACAACCUGGAUAUAAAUGUCGUAAUUCAAGAAGUUUAUCACCUCAUGGAAACCACACCUGCUGAUAUUCAUCCAGAGAGCAUGCUUGAUGCUUUUGUCGUACUGACUAAAGGACAAUAUCCAAUAUUUAAUCAAUAUCCAAAAUUUAUUGUGGAUUUUCAGACACAGGAACGAGAAAGAAUACGGAAUGAUGAAUUGGAUUACCUAAGAGAGAGGCAGACAGUUGAAGAUAUGCAAGAUGAAGUAGACCAGCAAAGAGCUGAAGAUGAAGCUUGGUACCAGAAACAAGAGCUACUUCGUAAAGCUGAAGAAACAAGAAGAGAAAUUCUCUUUCGAGAAGAGGAGAAGAUGCUGGAACAAAGACAGAGACUAGCUGCUGUGAAGAGAGAGCUGAAACGAAAGGAAAUCCAUUUACAAGAUGCUGCCAGAAGGCGUUUUCUGAAGCAGCAGCAAGACCAACGUGAAAUGGAACUAAGAAGACUAGAUGAUGAAAUUGAAAGAAAGAUCUAUAUGAGAGAUCAAGAAAUUGCUACCACAGCCAAAGACCUAGAAAUGAGAAACCUGGAACUCGAAUCGCAGAAGAGACUGUACGAGAAGAAACUUACUAAAAAUCAAGAAGAUGUUGCCAGAGAGAUAAGAGAAGAUACAGAUGCCCACAGACGAAAAGUAGAUCUUGAGGAACACAUAUUUCAUAAACUCUUAGAAACAGAUCAAGCUCAGAGCCUGAAAACUCAGAAGUUAAUUGAAGAAAACCUGGCAAAUGCCGAACAAGCGUGUAUUGAUGCUGACUGGAGAAUUCAGGCUUUACAUAAACAAAGAUGUGAGGAUCUACAACGAAACGAAUGUUACCAGGAAGUAACCAAACUCCUUCGGAAUAACAGAAGAAAAGAAUUAGAGGUGUUAAAUACCAUGAUGGGGGCAGAAACAGAAAAGUGGCAGGAAGCUGAAGAGAAAGCGUGCCAUUUGAAAUCAGGAAAGAGAGCGUCUGCUCUUUCAGAUGCGUCUAGAAGGUGGUUUUUGGAGCAGGAGCUGAGUGAUGCUUUAGAACAUGCUGGAAAUCCGAGCUGUGAAGGUUCUUUAAGCCGAAGAAAACCAGAACAGAAUGCUUCGGAAGCAGGCCUCUUAGAGAAGGUUAGGGAACUUCGCCAGAGACUCACUGCCCAGGCUCGGAGCAGGCGCCGGAGCCCCCAGCGGGUGCCUCACCUGGAGACAGUUUGA